GAUGGCCAUGGAGGAGGAGGAGACCCUCCAGCAUCUUAGCUGGGCCGCUGACGUCACGGCUUCUGGCGGGGCCUGUCCCCUGAAGGAUUGAGCUCAGCCGGGGAAACAGCCAGCUCUCAGUCCGCUGACAUGGAGCUGGAAGACGGCAUGGUGUACCAGGAAGACCCGGGCAGCUCCGCUGUCAUGUCUGAGCGGGUGUCCGGCCUGGCCGGCUCCAUUUACCGCGAGUUCGAGCGGCUGAUCGGGAAGUAUGACGAGGACGUGGUGAAGGAACUGAUGCCGCUGGUAGUGGCCGUGCUGGAGAACCUGGACGCGGUGUUUGCCGAGAACCAGGAGCAUGAGGUGGAGCUGGAGCUGCUGAAGGAGGACAACGAGCAGCUCAUCACACAGUACGAGAGGGAGAAGGCGCUGAGGAAACACGCCGAGGAGAAAUUUAUUGAAUUUGAAGAUUUACAAGAACAGGACAAGAAAGACUUGCAGGUGCAUGUGGAAAAUUUGGAAUCUCAAACCAGACAACUUGAACUUAAAGCGAAAAAUUAUGCAGAUCAAAUUAGCCGCCUGGAAGAGAGAGAGGCGGAGCUGAAGAAGGAAUAUAACUCCCUCCACCAGAGACAUUCAGAGAUGAUCCAUAAUUACAUGGAACACUUGGAACGUACCAAGCUUCAGCAGCUGAUGGGUUCUGACCAUCUGGAAUCUACUGUGCACAGUAAAAAUAGGAAAGAACGUCCCAUCUCUUUGGGGAUCUUCCCACUGUCUCCCGGUGACUCUUUGGUUUUACCAGACGCCCAUGGUGCUGAGAUCCCAGGAAAUGGACCCUGGAAACUUCACGAACAAAAACAUGCACGUUGCAACACCAGUUUAAAGGAUGAGCUAUUUACUCUAAGCCAAUCAGGGGCAGGCAAAACUGCCAGCCUAGACCCUGACAACAUGGUGCACCCAUCGUCAAAAGAACAAAAAGAUGAGGUCAUAUUGAAAGCAAAUUUAAAGAACAACAAUGUACAGAAAAAUAAGAAGAAUGAAGACAUCCAGGUUAACCAGGAGACCACCUCAGCGUCUACAGAUACCAAUGAUAAUGAGGAAAAAUCCGAGGUUCAGUCCAUCAUAGAAUCUACUCCAGAGCUGGACAUGGACAAAGACCCCAGAGCACAACAGAUGACCAGUACCCCAUCCAAAGGCAUUGAAAAUAAAGCAUUUGACCGAAACACGGAGUCAUUGUUUGAGGAGCUGUCGUCGGCUGGAACAGACCUUAUUGGAGAUGUUGAUGAAGGGGCUGACUUAUUAGGAAUGGGGCGAGAGGUGGAAAAUCUUAUUCUGGAGAACACCCAGCUUCUCGAAACAAAAAAUGCCCUGAAUGUGGUGAAGAAUGACUUAAUUGUGAAGCUGGAUGAGCUGGUGUGUGAGAAGGACGUGUUACAAGGGGAGCUGACUGCUGUCAAACAGGCCAAACAGAAGCUGGAAGAGAAAAACAAGGAGCUGGAGGAGGAGCUAAAGAGGGCGAGAGCCGAGGUGGAAGAAGCAAGACAAAAAUCUAAAGAUGAAGAAGAUAGUGAUGUGCCCACGGCUCAGAGGAAAAGGUUCACACGUGUGGAGAUGGCUCGGGUACUGAUGGAAAGAAACCAGUAUAAAGAGAGAUUGAUGGAGCUUCAAGAGGCAGUUCGGUGGACUGAAAUGAUCCGAGCUUCAAGAGAAAAUCCUGCCAUGCAGGAGAAGAAGAGAUCAAGCAUCUGGCAAUUUUUCAGCCGGCUCUUCAGUUCCUCAGGCACUGCUUCUAAAAAACCAGAUCUGCCUGUUAAUGUUAAGUACAACGCUCCAACCUCGCACAUCACUCCCUCCAUCAAGAAGAAGAGCAGUGCCUUAUCCAAACUUCCUAGUGACAAGUACAAAGCGUUCGACUUCCUAAGUGAAGAUCUCUCUGCGGGUAAUGAAGCCUCUGUAGCCUCCCGGCGAGAACAGAAGCGAGAGCAGUACCGCCAAGUGAAGGCACAUGUUCAGAAAGAAGACGGCCGCAUACAGGCGUUUGGCUGGAGUCUUCCUCAAAAGUACAAACCGCUCACGAAUGGUGGACAAAACGAAGGGAAAAUGAAGAAUUUACCAGUUCCUGUAUAUUUAAGGCCUCUGGAUGAAAAGGACACAUCCAUGAAGCUGUGGUGUGCAGUUGGUGUUAACCUCUCUGGGGGAAAGACCAGAGACGGAGGUUCCAUUAUCGGAGCUAGUGUCUUCUAUAGCGACCUCCCAGGCCCUGAGCUAGAGAACCAGAAAUCCAGAAGUGAAUCCCAAAGCAGUUUAGAGAAAUUGGAACAAGAGCUAAAGGUGCAGCAGAAGGAGUUGAGACACCAGGAUGAAUUAUCCAGUCUGGCGUGGAUCUGCACUAGCACCCAUUCCUCAACCAAGGUCAUCAUCAUCGAUGCCAACGAACCGGGAAACAUGUUGGAUAGUUUCAUAGUUUGUAACUCUCACGUCCUAUGUAUCGCUAGUGUACCAGGUGUGAUGGAAACAGACUACCCCACAGGAGAUAAUGUGAAACAAGACAUAGACUCUGGUCAGACAGACAGAUCCUCCUUAUCGGAAAGCCUGGUGAGCAGUACUUCCUCCACUGACCAGGCCGUAGGGGGAGUCAAAGUAACUGCUGCCUCCGCGGAGGAGACUCAGCCCUCCGUAGCACAAACGCCAAGUGUCAUUUCCCCUGAAGCGGAGAUCAAUCCAGAUCCAGACUCCACCAGUUCUGAGCUGGAUGAUAAUAUUCCCACUGCAGAGGAAGCAACAGAGGCCACUGAAGUGGGUGAGGGCUCCACGGAUGAUUUGGCAGAUAUAACACAGGCAGGAAUCUAUACAGAGCAUGUUUUUACUGACCCUCUGGGUGUACAGAGCACAGCGGACGACACCAGCUGCCAGGCCAGCAAUGACUCUGACCUGUAUAAAGAUGGGGUUGCAACGCUCCCUAGUGAGCAGGACUUAAUGAGAGAGGAGGCCCAGAAGAUGAACAGCCUGCUACCUACUAUGUGGCUGGGAGCACAGAAUGGAUAUUUGUAUGUGCAUUCCUCUGUCGCCCAGUGGAAGAAAUGUCUGCUGCAGAUUAAACUGAAAGAUUCCAUCCUCAGUAUCGUGCAUGUAAAAGGCAUCGUUUUGGUGGCAUUAGCGGAUGGAACACUGGCGAUAUUCCAUCGAGGUGUCGAUGGCCAGUGGGAUCUGUCAAACUACCACCUUCUUGAUUUUGGCCGUCCUCACCAUUCUAUUCGAUGUAUGACCGUGGUGCACGAGAAGGUCUGGUGUGGAUAUAGGAACAAGAUCUACAUAGUACAGCCAAAGACCAUGAAAAUAGAGAAAUCUUUUGAUGCCCACCCAAGGAAAGAAAGCCAAGUAAGGCAGCUGGCUUGGGUUGGUGAUGGUGUUUGGGUCUCCAUCCGGCUGGAUUCCACUUUACGGCUCUACCAUGCACACACCUACCAACAUCUGCAGGAUGUUGACAUUGAACCUUAUGUUAGUAAGAUGUUAGGCACUGGAAAGCUGGGCUUCUCCUUUGUUAGGAUAACUGCAUUGAUGGUGUCUUGCAACCGGCUGUGGGUAGGCACUGGAAAUGGGGUCAUUAUCUCGAUCCCCUUAACAGAAACGAUUAUACUGCACCAGGGCCGGUUACUUGGGUUAAGGGCAAAUAAAGCACUGCCCGGUGCUGGGAGUCGUCCCGGAAGUGUCAUCCGUGUCUACGGCGACGAGAACAGUGACAAAGUCACUCCAGGAACAUUUAUACCAUAUUGUUCAAUGGCACACGCGCAGUUGUGUUUUCAUGGCCACCGUGAUGCUGUAAAAUUCUUUGUUGCAGUACCAGGUCAGGUAAUUUGCCCAUCCAGUGGCAGCACACCAGAUUCGUCCGAUGAUAAAGGUGCCACCUCCCAGCAGGAAGCGAGUAGUCUGGCCCAGAAGUCUAUGCUGGUGAUGAGUGGAGGAGAAGGAUACAUUGACUUUAGAAUGGGUGAUGAUGGUGCAGAAUCUGAACUUUUACAUGAGUCCUUACAAUUUGAACCUUCCAUGGCCAAAGUUGAGAGGAGUCACCUCAUAGUGUGGCAGGUUAUGUGCAGUAGCAGCAGCGAAUGAAGGAGAACUCUACAAGUGUUAUGCAUGGUGUAAAUAUUUUUUCCUCCACUUUGUUUUCCCCCCAAAAUUUUUGUAUUCUUUUAUCAGUAUUUUAACACUUCAGCGAAUGUAUAAAAUGUUAUCUUCGCACUCGAAAUGCAUUGUUCUACCAUCAGAGCGUGUGCUUUGUCAGUAGAGUGGCUUGUUUUAUCUUGCACUGUGGUAUACUGUAUAUACACAUGUAGAGUCCACGGCCUGCUCAUUAUGAUGAGCUAAUCAUGUUCUUUAAGGCCAACUCAUACAUGAUUUACUGUCUCUGUAAUGAAGCGUAAACAGAAUAAUGACUUUGUGAUAAAUAAGGAGACACAACAUAUGACGCACAUGCAUGUGCCCCAUAUUGGUUAUUUUCUCACAGUCUCUUGUAACAGUGCUGGGACUUAAAAUCUAGUUUGCAAUACAUAGUUGUUGGCUUUAUAUGAAUUUUCUAGUAAGGAUUUGGGGCUCUAGAUCUGAUACAUGCAAACGUUAUAAUUCCGUUCAAUUAAUGUUUUUUUUUCUUUUUUCCAUUAAUUGUUUAAGAUUUAUGAAUAGCAGUAGAUUAAAAGGAAGGACCAAACUUUCCAAAACAAUGCUUAAAGUGUACCCAUCCCUAACAUUCAAUGAUUGUGUCUACUGAAGCAGUGUUCAUGAGAAUGCAAACCAUCAAUUCACUAGUCACAUCACUGAGGCAUGAGCCACUUUGUUCCUCAUGCCUUACUGAUGUUCCUCGUAAAUUAAUUGGUAUACUAUAGGUUCCACUCGCGAGAUUCCUCCACUGCAUGGCUGGGAUGGGAACGCUUUAAUGUAUGCUCUUCCAUCAGGAAUGCUGGGGCAAACUGUUUUAUUAUUGGAGGUUAACCAUGAAUAGAAACAUCUACAGGAUAUUGCCGGAGCACAUGAGGAUGUUGUUCAUUUCAUAGUACUUUGUUUUUGAAACGUGUUUUUAUUGUUAUUUAAUAUUUCUGUGUGUACAUCUGCAGUGUUAGUUUUGUGUGUGGGUUGAGAAGGAUUUAAGAGUAACCUAGCACACAUGCGAUGUAUAUAAUAGUACUCGGAAGAAAGUUUGUAAUCUUUCCCAUACUUGGGGACGUGACCUGUGGAGAGUGGUAGGUUCCCAGCAUGAUUUACGGUGUCUUUUUUUUUAAUUAUUCCGACAUCACAGACUGACGGACUCCAAUAACCAACUGAUUACACCUAUUAAAAAUGAGUAUAGGUAGCAAACGUGUGAGAAAUGCUGGGUAACGUAGCCUCAUGUAAUCGUAAGCCACCAAAUUAACACUACAGUUUUCCUUUUCCCCUCUCGAAUUCCAUGUUACAGCAGUCGUUGCUUGAAGUAUAUUCACCAUAAAAUAUGCCAUUUUUGUUUUUAGAGGAAUAUAUAAACAAAACUUGCUUGCUAUGUGGGUGGCUUAGCUAACCAUAGAAAAAUAUUUUCCUUGCAUACUUCUGCCAUGUCUUUCCAGGCCUUGGCUGCCCAAAUCAGUGCUUUGUUAAUGUGGGUACACACUAGGCGAUGUGCUUGGUGAGCGACGGCGGUACACACUGUGCGAUAUCGCUAGCGAUAUCACGCAGUGACAUCAUGCCACGGCCGGCCAGAGCAUGCAGCUUUGGACGAUGAGUCCAAAUUGAGCUGCAUGCACGGCCGAGACCAAGGGUUGCUAACGACCCGUGGGGCCGCGCAUCGCUCAGCUUCGGCUGCAUACACAUUGUAUGAUUCAGUAAACUAUAUCGCUCAGGAGGGGGAAAAUGAGCGAUAUAGUUUACUAUAUCGCUAAGUGUGUAACCACCUUUAGUCUUUCACAUAAACGUUUUUAUUUGGUCUGGUCACAAAGUGCUGCUUAAAGCUGUAAUUAUUUUAUUGUACCAAUUUUUUUUUUUUUUUUUGCUCCCCCAUAAUCCUGGUUGACGUAAUUUAAAAGUUGUAUUUAUUGGCUAUACCAUAAAAAGGAAGCAUCCAACCAUAAAGGACCACUAAUAAACCAGCCACUAGUGAAGGUCACAGAUAUAUGUGAGAGUUAAGUGCAUUUUAGAAUUGCUGGGUUUUUUUUGUUUUGUUUUUUUAGAAAAUUGCGACUAAGGAGACUAUUAUUUCCCCCUAGAAGUCCUCUUUUUUGGGUAGAGGUGGCCUCUUGGUGUGUGAAAUGGCUCAUUUAGAAUGUUCCUUUGCACUCUGCUGCUCAGCAUCAUUAAAUCCUAUGCCACUCCUAUUGCUUCUAUCUUGGAUAAAUAUUAAAAAGCUGCCUUCCAUAUUAAAUUGCUUCUGUUUUGAAGUAAUGUGUAUUUAUAUAAGUCUUUAAAGGCUUGCAAUCAAACCAUUUUGUUUCAAAUACCAUAGUCUCCCCAUAGUAGAAAAAAAUAAAUUGCUCCUAAGCUUGCUAUGCAAAUUCAAAUAGUUUAGAUGUUGUCUUUCAGCUUCAUUAUACAGUAUAAUAAAUAUUUAUUUUUCUUCUGAUCUUUUAUAUAUUCUGCUAGCAUUUGAAAAACCACGUUUUACAUUUCAACUUGUUCAUUAGGAAUAAUCAAGUAAUGUAUUGAGUAAACAUUCUUAAAGACACGUUUCUGAACUGACUUUUUACCUGUCAAUUAUCUGACAUUAAAUUGUGCACAUGCUAUAAAUUAUAUGUGAAAAAGUUUGUGUGACAUUUUUAUGAGCAUUUUAGGAUCCGGAGUGUGCAUAUGUAUAGGUGUGCAUCUGAUCUUGAUUUUACUUUCAGUACAAGUCCUUAUUGUAUCAUCAACUGUUUGUCCUUUAAAAUAUAGGGAUUUGGGGAAACUAAUAAGGUAAUCAUUUAUGUUGUACCGUAAGCAAAACCUAAGGGUAUUUUAUUUUUAUAUAAUAGAAGUCUUAAAACAGCCCUGAUUAUUCUCACUGGGAAUCAUUAAGCAGGCACACAUUUCUAUUGCAAAACAUAAGGUGAAACUUGUGUCUGUAUCUCAACUAAACAAAGUUACAUACAGUAGGUUUCCUGAGAUUGAAGACCUUUCUAUUGGUAUAAAGUCUCAAAAAUGAGUUGGACUCGAGAUCUUCUAUGGUUCGGGUGGUGCUUACUUGGCCCAGGUGUCUGGUUCGACUUGUAUUUGGGAUCAAGCUUGUUGUAGGGUUAAAAUUUGAGUAGAUGUAGGGCUUUGGUAAGGCAAGUAUCAGUAUUUAAACACCUCUCUCUCUUGAAAUUAGGGGUGUCUCGUCUUUCUAUGCCAACGAGGGUACAAGAUAAAAGUAUAUAGGACCUCUCCAGUCCACACUUGGUUAAGAGUAAUGGGCAGCACUGAAAAUAGCUUUGUGUGUUGAGAAUUGAUGUCAUUGGGAAAUGUCAGGAUAGGAAUCAAGGGUGACAACAGUUUUUAAAUGAAAUUGUGAUAGGAAACCCUUUUAUACUGUCUAUUACAGUCAGGAAGGGAGUUUGUUCAUGAAAAUGCUCCUUAGGAUUUAUUUCUGCCCAUAUGAAGUCCACAAAAGGUAAGGCUACCCUUAAGGUAUUUAGAAAUGGUUUUAAUUUAACAGUGUAUGCUCACUGGCCAUCUUAGACCUCCAGCAGCCUAGAAUCCUUACAACUCUUCCUCAACCCUUACUGAUCACACACACCCACCCCUCACGUAAAACCCUGUCAUGCACAUAUGAGUGCACUUACUAGUUUGAAUAAGGAAUUGUAUUUAAAUCUAGUGAACCUUUUUAUCUUCAAUAGGCUCCAAAUGCAUGAUGACAAUGUCUGUAAUAUUGCUAAAAACAACUCUAAACCACAUCUCCACAUGUUCUUUUCUUAGUAGCAUUGAAAAAGUUUACAUUACCCGCAACUUAAAUAAAGGAAGUAAUUGGUUAUAUAGAACAUAGGUUUUCUAUAUUUCUUUUUAUCUUUUUGUGUUUUACUUUAUUUUUGCCUAUCCACUUUUAUAUGAGACAGGUAUUUGAGGUGCACACAGAUUGUUUUUCACCAUAAUCAGAGUGUUUGUAUGUGGCAUAUGACAUAUGUAAAUUGCUCACUGUAACUAAUGUGGGCUAUACAUCAAGACAAUAUCAUUCCAAACAGCGAACUGGUUGGCUGGUUGGAAUGAUAAUCUGGCAGUGUAUGGGAGCAAACUAUAAUCGUUUGUUUGCCCCCAAACGACAAAAACGGUUUGUCCAACUAGUUGGGAAAAUCAAACAGGUUUUAUUUUUCCCAACUAAUCGUUCUAGUGUAGGGGGAACUUCCCAGCAACCGAACGAUAACUAGGCGGACAUUGAUCAGCACACCCCCACCAAGCCGUGCUAGAUCACCCCCCACCCCUCCCCCACGCUUGAUGGGACUCUCCCCCAUUCACAGUAAACCCCCACUGGGACUUGCAUACACACUUGCACAAAGCAGGGGACGACAGCGCAACAUACAGUGCCAUGCAUCAUACAAGAUAUCUUCUAGUUGGCCGUGCAGCAUGGCCAACCAGAAGGCAUCAUAUGCGACUUGUUGGUACACGCUGAACGGUCCGGAAACAACAUAUCGUGCCUAUAUCUUUCUGGUGUGUAUCCACCCUUUAUACGGGAAGUACAGCUUCAUAACUGUGUGAUAUCAGAAUAUAUAGCUUUUUCCUGGCAGGGGUAUAUUGUGCAGAGACAAUAUGAGCCACUAUAUGUGACCACAUUAUAUCUAUAAAAUGUGAGUAUAUGUAUAGAUAGAUAUAUCUGUAUCUAAUAAAUAUAUAUAGGCAUAACUUGUUCGCCAUUGUCUUUGACAUCACAAGUUGCAGAAAAUUGGCUUGUGUGCUGAAAAACUUGAUUAGGCGUGAGAGCAGAGUUUUAGUUGGUCAGUUGAAUGGUUAGAGGAAAGUUGGUCUGGUUUAUGGCCAGCUUUAAUUCGAGCGGCUUGUACAACAUAGCAUUCUGGUUUAAAGAUAAAUAUUAAAAUUAGCAGUUCCUCCUAUAGCCUUAAAAUGUUAUUGCAUCAUUUAGAUGGUAUCUGGGCUCUAGGUCGACCACAGUUAGGUUGACAAUAUCUAGGUCGACCACUACUGGUCGACAGUGUUUCUAGGUCGACAGGUCAAAAGGUCGACAUGAGUUUUUCACAAUUUUUUUUUCUUUUUUUAAAAACUUUUUCAUACUUCAUGAUCCACAUGGACUAUGUUUGGGAAUAGUAACCUGUGCUGAGCACAGCAGUAGCGGAGUGAGACACCUUACCCGAAGCUUGGCGAGCGGACACGGUGCACUAAUUGGGUUUCCCGGUCACUGUACGGAGAAAACUGCACCAAUAAAUUUAAAAAACUCAUGUCAACCUUUUGACCUGUCGACCUAGAAACCCUAUCGACCUAGAAUCCCUGUCGACCAAUAGUGGUUGACCUAGACACUGUCGACCUAAGUCUGGGCGACACUCCAUACCGCACCCCAUUUAGAUGAAUAUUUUUCCAUUCAAUAUUUUCUAGUCUUCACUUAUAUUAAAAUUGCAAAACAUGGCCAAAAAUCAGGAUUUAAAAAAAAAUAUAUUUGUUAAUAGAGAUAAUUACUAUUUAUCCAUCAUUAUUAUUAUUUUAAUGUACUUAAAUGAUCCUGUGGCAAGUAUUUCUAGCAUUUUAUAUGUUGGAAUAUAUAUUCUGAAGUCAAAUCAAGAUUAUUUUUAUUUAGAGAUACAGGUAAUGAUUUAAUUAUUACUGUUAAUGCCCUUUGUAUUUGCAAAUUUCUAAAACUAGUUUAAAAAUGGGUUGAAUGGUUUCUUAUGGACCUAUUCUCACCACUGCAUGAAUUUUAUGGUCACCUUAAAAAUCGCUGACUGCAGCACACCCUAUUGCUAACUACUUGCUACUACUAGAAUGGUUGUGUCUAUGUUACCUUCUUGUUCAGGACCUGGAAGUGACAAAACGAGAGUGCAGGAGAAAAUUUCCGCCCUUACAGCACCCAAAUGUUUUCUUCGUUCUCCGUUAGUUUGGAAUAAAAAAAAAAUUCUAUGCCGCAUUGGACCCUCGCGGGCUCGGUGUCGCGCUUCGCUUGCCGCACUUUACUAUUCCAAAUAGAUUGUGACAUGGACCCAGGGGGUUAUGGAAAAGGUCCUCUCCAUGAAGGUAAACUAGACGCUACCCUACUAGAAUGGAUUGUUUUUGCAGCAUCGCUGCAAAUUCAGAUUAUUUCAAUUUGCCAAGUUUGUAUCAGACGUGCUUUUAACAUUUGAUUAAACUGACUAACAAAAUUGUGGUUGUUACUGCAGACUACCUAAGCUUAUCAGAGUAUAAAACUUAAGAAAAUAAGGAGGAACUAAAAUUUAAGAAAAAACACUGUUGUAUGUACAUUUGUUCCUUCUGUUUAGUUUACUGUAUAUUUAACGUUACCAAAUUUUUUUUUUUUAUUCCUGUCCUUUUCAGAAUACACAUUCUUAAAACGAGUCAUGCAUUGCUAAAUUGUAUUUUAUAUAUAUGUAUAUUAAAACAUACUUUUAUAUAAGUCUAAAAAACUAACUUUAACCAGUGUGUGUAUGUAUGUGUUUAUAUACACAACAUUUCAUAAGCAUAUGUGCUCACAAUGUAUUGUACUUUAGUAGGUUUUUUUUAUAUUAAAUACGAUGAACAAACUGGGUUGAGCUAUAACUUCAAUUUGAUCAUAUUAGCGACCCACAAUUAUUGUAAAUGUUCUGCAUGAUUUCAAUGCACAAAUCAAUAUUUAUUCUACUGUAACUCCAAAUGUACCAAAGGAUUUCAUAUAUUAUAGUGAGUUUUAAAUUUUUUUUUUUUUUUUAUCUAAAAAGUCUAACAAAUGUAGGACUGAACUAUCAGACGGAAAUAGUUGCCUUGCAAAAGUAUAUUUUUGUGCAGUUUGCUAACUUGUCAGUGUAUUUAAUCAUUUUAAAUUACAAUUUUAAAUCUGUUCUUGCUUUAUAAACCAUUUAACACCUUUUAUCUGUUGAAUUCUAUUUUACGGUAUUUUAUGUUUGAACAUUGUUUAUUAAACUGACCAUAGGUAGUGCUCCUUGUAAUUUACUGCCUGACACAUUGUAAGAGAACUUCUGUACGCAAGAAAGAUCAUUUUGGUACUUAGGGCUUAAGUAUUUAAUUCCAUCAUCAACCCUUUGGGGUUUAGAAUGUAGCUUUGUACAUGAUAUACAUGUGUGUAAAUAUAUAUAUAUAUAAAUAUGUAUAUGAAACAA